AGGCUAUACUUAUCUGCUUAUUUUGACACCUGUUUCUUGAUUAUUCCUUGCAUAGAAUUUCCAUCAAUGGCUGCUUCUUCUUCCUCUGCUUCUAACCCUAAAAAUGGCUUAGCUUUUGAAAGCUUCUUCGAAGGAUGGCUCGUUCGUCAAGAACACUAUCUCGACGAACUCCAAUCCGUCCUGGGAAAACACGAAGACUCGAAAGACGAUGAGUACUUGAAAGAAUUGAGUGCUAGGGUUUUCAAUCAUUAUCAAGAAUACUAUGAUGAGAAAUCAAGAAUGUCGAAUCAUAAUGUUUUUCUCCUGUUUAAUCCCCCUUGGUUCACUCCUUUUGAGCGGAGCUUCUUCUGGAUAGCCGGGUUCAAGCCUGACCUAGCUUUCAAGGUGGCGGCGGCGGCGGCGGCGGAUUUGACGGCGGAGCAGAAAGAAAUGAUUGAGAAGCUCAAAAUCGAGGUUAAGGUUGCUGUGAAGGAGCUGAAUGAUGAGCUGGCUAGGGUUCAAGAAAGCGUGGCGGCGCAUGAGCUGAUGACGGUGGGCGGGAAGGCUCCGAGCGGCGACGAGAUGGGAGAGAUCAACUCGGUGCUCGACGAGCUGCAGGCGGAGUUGGUGACGGUGAUUUCGAAUGCGGACGUGCUUCGGACUCGGACCGCGGAGCGGGUCGCGGCCGUUCUGAACCCGGUUCAGAGCGUCAAGUUUUUGGCGGCGGUGACGGAGAUGCAGGUCCGAGUUAGGACCAUAGGGUUAGAAAAAGAGGCAAGAAAAAGGUAAGAAAUUUAUGUUCCAUUUCAAAUGGUCUCAACCUUAAACUUAAACAAAAAAAGAAAAAGUGACAAUACACUGAAAUAUAUGAAAUAUUAUAUUUUGUCAAUGAAAAUCUUUUAGUUGUCGAAGAGAAGUGCCAUGUCAUUCGGACCAAUCAUUUCAAGACAAGUUGGAUUCUGUUGCUUUCAAGUUUGUGGAUUCAGUACACGUGGAUCUACGUGUCAUUUUUGAUUUUGUUGAAUUCGAAUCAUAUUUCAUAUGUAUAAGCCAGUGUUAAGCUGGCUAUGUUGGCUUUAUU